CAAAUCAAAGAGAGCAGCAAUGCCUGAUCAGCACAGACUCAAGGAAGUCGAUGAUUCCAAGUGGUUUUGUUUGAAUGGAACCAGUCAUCUUAAUUCAAGCAGUUUCAGCAGUCAGUUCGGCUUUACUGAUCCCUUCUCAAUCACAAUGUAUUGGCAAGAAACAACCUUCGUUGUCACCGCAAAUCUCCAGGGAGUCAAGGAUGAAGACGUUAAGGUUGAGAUCAGAGGCAGAAAUGUGUUGCUGAUCACUGUUGGUGGAGGUCGUCCAAAUUGCAUGAAGAGCUGCCAGUUGCCAUACAAUGUGAAUGUGGAGAUGACCACUACUUCCAUUAGCAAUGGCGUUCUCAUUGUCAAGGUGCCAAAGGAAAGUGAUGAUCAGCAGAGCAAACACAUCCCCCAUGUGGCUGCUCAUUUCUCUAGACGCAGCUUUGGUAGCUUCUUCAGCUAA